UUUCCCCUAUAAAUUUCCCUAUUCGAUUCUCUGACAAAGUACACCAAGAUUGUCAAAGAAAACAUCGCCGGAAACAGUGAGAAAAAAAAUGGAAAGAAAUUCAAGCAAGAAGGCAAAUGAGGGCGAAUCGGGGACUGGAACCGAUGGUGGUGGAGACAGGAUUAUGGUGGAAGAUGCUUUUAAGAAUUUGGAGGUUCCUUCAUGGCGGAAUCAGAUCACAUUUAGGGCUCUUUUCACCAGCUUUGUUCUUAGUAUUGUCUUCAACUUCAUCGUCUGUAAACUCAAUCUAACCACUGGGGUUAUUCCUUCUCUCAAUGUCGCUGCUGGGCUUUUGGGAUUCGCGAUUUUGAAGGGUUAUACUUCGAUUCUUGAACAGCUUGGUCUUAUGAAACAGCCAUUCACUCGACAAGAAAAUACCGUGAUUCAAACCUGUGUUGUCGCCUCCUCUGGGAUUGCGUUUAGCAGUGGUACUGCUAGUUAUCUUUUGGGUAUGAGUGCUAAAAUUGCUGCUCAAGCAGAAGAAGGGAACAUGCCGAUUAAUAUCAAGAAACUCUCUGUUGGUUGGAUGAUAGGCUUUCUCUUUGUUGUUAGCUUUGUUGGGUUGUUCUCUAUUGUGCCUCUUAGAAAGAUGAUGAUUCUAAAAUACAAGUUGACCUAUCCAAGUGGAACUGCAACUGCAUAUCUCAUCAAUUCCUUUCACACACCCAAAGGAGCUAAGCUGGCAAAGAAACAAGUUGCAGUCCUUUUCAAGAGCUUCUGUUUCAGCUUUUUAUUUGCUAUGUUCCAAUGGUUCUUUGCUGCUGCAGAUGGCUGUGGAUUUUCUAGCUUUCCCACAUUUGGUCUUCAAGCCUAUGCAAAAAGGUUUUAUUUUGACUUCUCAUCUACAUACGUCGGUGUGGGAAUGAUCUGUCCUUUCAUGGUCAAUCUAUCUCUCCUUCUUGGAGCCAUCAUCUCAUGGGGUAUCAUGUGGCCCUUAAUCGAGCUAAGGAAAGGUGAUUGGUACAGUGCUUCUUUAUCUGCAAGCAGUCUUCAUGGCAUUCAGGGCUAUAGGGUUUUUAUUGCCAUUGCUAUGAUGCUUGGCGAUGGUCUUUACCAUGUAUGCUUCAUGCUCUCCCAAACAUUCUACAGCUUAUCCAAACAGAAGUCUGGCUGUGGAAAUGCUGAUUCAUUGUCGGAAAUUAAUGAUUACGACGCUCGACGAAGAAUCGAGUACUUCUUGAAAGACCAAAUCCCUAACUGGGUAGCAUUGCUCGGCUAUGUAAUACUUGCAGCCAUAUCUAUAAUCACAGUUCCCUUAAUCUUCCAUCAGUUGAAAUGGUACCACGUUUUGGUUGCUUAUGCAAUUGCUCCUGUCUUGGCCUUUUGCAAUGCCUAUGGUUGUGGGCUCACCGAUUGGUCUCUUGCAUCAAAUUAUGGUAAAUUUGCCAUCAUCAUCUUCAGUUCUUGGGUUGGCCUUGGCAAUGGAGGUGUUAUUGCUGGUCUUGCUUCUUGUGGUGUCAUGAUGAGCAUUGUUUCUACUGCUUCUGACCUUAUGCAAGACUUCAAGACUGGUUACUUGACUCUAGCUUCGCCUCGCUCGAUGUUUUUCAGCCAAGUUGCUGGCACUGCCAUGGGAUGUGUUUUGUCUCCCCUUGUCUUUUGGUUCUUCUUCAAAGCUUAUAAUGUUGGAGACCCCGAAGGCUCAUACCCUGCACCAUAUGGUCUAAUGUACCGUGGCAUUGCUCUUCUCGGUGUGGAGGGUGUCUCUACCCUCCCCAAAAACUGCCUCACUCUUGCCAUUUGCUUCUUUGUUGGUGCUAUAGUCAUUAACAUCAUUAGGGAUAUUCUCCAUAGGUGUGAAACUAAAUACCGCAUCUAUCGCUUCAUACCAAGUCCAAUGUGUAUGGCGAUUCCAUUCUACCUAGGUGCUUAUUUCGCCAUCGACAUGUGUGUUGGGAGCUUGAUUCUUUUCAUCUGGCAGAGUAAGAAUAAGGUCAAGGCUGGGGAGUUUGCUCCUGCUGUUGCUUCGGGACUUAUCUGUGGCGAAUCUUUGUGGAGUGUUCCAGCAGCCAUAUUGGCCCUAGCUGGUGUCAAAGCUCCUCUUUGCAUGAAGUUCUUGAGUUCAUCGACCAAUGCUAAGGUCGAUGCCUUCUUAGAAGGCUAAUCAACUUUUAAUAAUUAGUUUGUUUAGUCAAUGCAAUUACGUUUGAGUGAUUUAGUUUAGGUUGUUUUUAUUUUGUCAUAUACUUUGUACAAACUCAAAAUCGAUCUCGGGCUUUCUAAUUGUGAUUAAAUGAUAAAUCUUCAUAUUUUAGGCAGCUUGUUGUUUCAUCAACAGGUGUAUAUGCUUUUGUAUUAUAUUAAUAAAUUUGAGAUUAGACAAUGUAUUU